GUCAAUAAUAACAAUAACCGUGAAAAAAUAAGUGGAGAGUGAAAAAGUCCCCAAAUCUGCAAAAAAAAUAAUACAUACUAUUGUGUUUUUCUAUUCGCAUUGAAUAAACAAAUUGAGAAAUAAAAUAAAAAAGAAAGAUUAAAAACAAUAAAUAAUUUAAUAUGAUAAGAGCAAUAAAUAGUAAGAGAUAAAAUUUUACUCGUACGAAUAGAACGCGAUGAAAAAAUGAGCAAAGGCUACAAAUUUAACAAUCUGAUGGGAAUGACGACGAAUAAUUAUUGGACAAAUGCAAUUGCCAAGAAAAAGAGGAAAGUGAUUCAUUGAUUCGUCGUUGCAAAAACAUAAAAAGUUACAAUUUCUAUAUUAAAAAACAGUAUUGGGUAGUACGAGCAUUUGUAUCCUGCGAUAAAGUUACAAUGCCGUGCGAAGGAUGUCAUGUGCAAUUUACGGUAUUUAAACGUAAACGCAGUUGUUACGAUUGCAAACGUUAUUAUUGCCACAAUUGUUUGGCCAGCAGUAGCAACAACAAUCGUAAACAUGCCUUGUGUGAAAGGUGUCUGCUGUUCAGCAAGAGGCCUUUGGGCCGUUCGGAUUUAACAAAACUCAAAUCAAAAGAUCUGAUAUUCUACUUACAAUCAAAACACAUUUCCACUGCUGGUUGUGUGGAAAAGGAGGAGCUUAUUGAGUUGGUACUGCAAUAUGUAAACAGAACGGAUAUGAACAGCCAAACGUUCUCGGGUGGAAGCGGCAGCAGCAGUGGUAGUAGUAGUCAUCAUACAACACCCCAACAUAAUGGUAAUGGUGGAGGGAUUGAGGACAGUGGCAGGCCAUCAACAGAUUAUGGUCCAAGUGCAAAUAAUUCCUUUGAUAGUAUAAAACAAACGUGCCAAAACUUUUUUAGUAACUUAAGUGAUAAUAUAAGUGAUUCCUUGGCCAAUUUGGAAAGUAGAGCGUGUUCGAAAAACAGACCACCAACAACUAUGACGACAACAACAACAAAUGUUACGGAGCAACCCAGAGUAACAACGCGGGUAAUACCCACGUAUGCAAGUAGUCAACAAAAUUCUCCAGAAAAUCCCUUGACCAGCCCAAUUGCAGAACGACGUCAGGGUGCUGAAACGACUUAUACUGCGGAAAGUCUAGUAGUGAAUCUUCCGCCAUCAGUGCCAGAAAGCACUGAAAAUAAUGGGCAUGUUAACAUGCAGGAUGAAUGCAAUUGUUCGGAUGAUGAAGAAAUGAUUGCAUCAUUUAAUGGCCGUACUCGUUCUCCAAAAUCUGAACAAGAAUCGCAUAAUCUUUCACUAAACAAAGAUGAACACGAUUCGGUCAAUGUUAUCUCUAACAACUGUGCUCCCUCAACUUCUACGAGUACCUCAAAAGCUCCUUCUCAGUAUUCAAAACUAGAAAUCUAUGUAAAUGAUGAGGAAUCAUCGCAUUCAUCCUUUGAGGAAUUGGGAGCAAUAGGUGGCAUAUCGGAUGAUAGUAAAACUACCACGGACACCACAAGUAAUACCACAGAUCAUUGGCAAAUGUUGGAUUUAAAGGCUAAUGAAACGGAGCCGGCACAACACCAACAGCAGCAGCAACAAACCCAACAAUAUCAGGAAAGUCCUUUAGAAAAUUUAACAUCUAAUGAGGACAUUAACAAAGCAGAGGAACACACAGUGCAGUCUAAUAAUUCACAACAAACUCAUUAUCAUCAUCCACCUCCUACACCCACACAUGUGCACCCAGCACCCCGCGUUAAAAAAGUAACGCGACGUCGUUCCGAGAGUUAUCUUAAUCGUAGACGACCUCAGACUAGCGUUGAAGAUGAUGAAGAUGACGAUGUAAAUCAUGUUCUGCAAAAUGCUCGUAUAGAAGAAGAAAUACAAACUACUUCUUCCACCUCAGCCGCCAUUCGGAAAACGACUACAAAACGUUGUUGCACUCGUUGCGGCAAAAAUAAGGCUAACAUACGCCAACAGGUCGAAAAAAUGCGCCAACAUUUGGAGAGUUCCCAGAUGUCAGAAUCAGACAUUAAACAAGAAUUAUCGGAAUUUUUAGCCUACUUAGAGCAACGUACAAAAUCUAUUGAAUAUUCAGAUUCGGAAGCUGGUAUUUCUACACCCAGCGUUAGCAGGCAUACUAAUGAAAUCGAAGAGGAAGAAGAGAUUUCGGUAGAGCGACCAGUAGAUGAUCAUGUUGAAAGUGAACGCAAUGUUGAUCAGUCAGAAAGCACAACCGCACAUUUCUAUGAUAAGGAUUCACGUUUUAUCAAUUUAGAUGAAAUCGAAUCAAUGAAACAAUUGGAAUGUUUAACUGUUAAACAACUUAAAGAGAUACUAAUGUUGCACAGAGUCGACUACAAAGGAUGCUGUGAAAAGCAAGAACUUCUUGACCGUGUGGAACGAUUAUGGAAGAAUCUUAAAUCGACACCAGCUGUUGAAAAACUACCAACAGACGAAUUGUGUAAAAUUUGCAUGGAUGCUCCUAUAGAAUGCGUGAUUUUAGAAUGUGGUCAUAUGGCGACUUGUACCAAUUGCGGCAAAGUUUUAAGUGAAUGUCCUAUAUGUCGUCAAUACAUUGUAAGAGUUGUACGCUUUUUCCGUGCUUAACUGAUCUACAAUAAGGAUAUUAAUGAUAGGGAAGUAUUUUAAUUAUGUAUAUCCUUUGAAAGGAUAACUAACCAAAUUUCUUAUAUUAUUGUGUUUCAUAUAAAUAACUAAACAAAAAUUUAAAUAAUAAUAAAUACAAUAUUGUAUAAUAAACCAUAUUUAACUUUAAAGUAAAAUGGUUACUACUACGACCACUUAAAACAAUGCAAAAAUCUAAUAUUUAUGUAUAUUUAAAUUACAACAGUUUGUUUUCAUUUUUUUAUGAUUUAUGAAAUGAUUAAUAAUUAAUGACUAUGUAUGGUUAAAAAUAUUACAUUUAGACUUAGAAUAUAUUAGAAAUUAACAGUGAUAAUUAUUCGAGAUUUCCAUUCCAAUAUUUAAAGAAAUAUUUAAAAUGAAAAAAAAGAUAAUUACAAAAAUGUAAACAAAAUCGUUCGUACCUUAAAUA